UGGACUGCAGAGGAAACGUCUCGCUCAUUUUGUAAAGUAUUUUGUAAAACUUCAAGAUGCUUUGGCGCUGCGUUAUCUGCCUCGUUUUCCUCACUUUUUCACUGAAACAGUUAUUGAGCCAUAUUAAUCGAAUGCACAGCCGUAGCCCUGAUUUCAGGUUGCUGUGUGGUAUUGACGGAUGCACUGAGGAAUAUCGAGUGUAUAACUCAUUCUAUCAUCAUGUGAAAAGAAGACACUCUCAACACCUUAUUGAAAGCAACAGACCAGGCGAUGGCAACCAUGUAGGUGAACAGCCACAGGAGGAGAAUCAAGGAACACACCAGCAACAAGACAACAUUCAACCCAAUCAACUUCCAGAGGACUCUAGUAUCACCAAUCAACAGCUCUGUACACCUGAUACAGAUGAAGGGCAAAUGGACAUUAACCAAGAUGGAGCUGCCACAGUACAACCAGAUCUGACAACACAGGCCACUGCCUUUGUCAUAAAUGCCCGGGCCAAACAUCGUCUCUCACAGAAAGACAUGAAUGACAUUGUUGCUGGAGUGCAGCAGUAUCAGUCAUCAUUGUUGGACAACCUCAGGGGGCAGAUGAAGCAAGUACUAAAGAAUCAUUCAGGAAGCACAUCAGGACACCUUCAAAAAGAAGUAAUGGGCAUAUUUGAUAAUUUUAUUGACCCUUUUGCAAGUGUUGCAACAACAUUUCGACAGAACAGUGUUAUUAAGAAGCAGUUCAGUGUUGUGGAUGCAGAAGAAAUUCCAAUUGCUCGAAGCAUAUGCAAGACGAAACGUGGAGGAUCUAAAGACUUUUUCAUCAAAGACAAAGUAUUUCAUUAUGUACCAUUAGUCAAAAGUCUAGAACAGUUCUUAUCACAUCCAAGGAUAUGGUCUAUGAUUGACAAGGGACCACAGAGGUGCAGAGAAGGUUUUUUUGUGGACAUUGUUGAUGGCACCCUUCUAAAAUCACAUCCCUUAUUUUCAGAGAUACCAAAUGCUUUACAGAUUGUUGUAUACACAGAUGAAAUAGAGAUCUGUAAUCCACUAGGAUCAUUUGCAUCAAAAAACAAAUUAUUAAUGGUGUAUUACACCUUAGCAAACAUAAAUCCGAAAUACAGGUCUAAACUUGCUGCUAUUAGGCUACUUGCGCUAGCUAGGUCAGUAGACCUCCGUCAAUGUGGUGUAGAUGUAAUAUUGAAUAGAAUCAAAGAAGAUAUGGAUGCAUUGUACCAUGGUGUUAAAAUGCAAACUAUUAAUGGACAGAAAACUGUUUAUGGUGCCAUGGUCUCCGUUUGUGGCGACACUCUGGCGCAGCAUGAACUUGCAGGGUUCAAAGAGGGUGUGGGCUUUGCCUACAGUAAAUGCAGACACUGUGAGUGUACUUUUGAGGACAUGCAGUCCCACUUCAACGAGGAUUCAUUUACCAAAAGGACCUUGAAAAAGCAUAUCAGACAAACUAAUGAAAUAGAAAAGGCAAACACAGACUUGCUUCGCAACAGCCUAAGAACAACAUAUGGGAUCAAUCGCAGGAGCAAAUUAGUUGACAUGCCUGCCUUUGAUAUUAUUCAACAGACUCCGCAAGAUAUUAUGCAUGUUAUUCUGGAAGGAAUAGCUCCUUUGGAAAUCAAGCAUGUUUUGAAUCAUCUUGUUCAGUCAGGGCAGAUAGAUCUGGACUCUGUGAAUUCUGCUAUUCUUGGUUUCCCUUAUUCCCCUCUGGAUGUUAGAGAUCGGCCAUCCCCAAUUUCAGUUAGUACAUUAAUGUCAAAUGAUGGUAAAUUAAAACAGUCGUCUGGUCAAAUCCUUGUCCUGCUAAGGAUAUUGCCAUUUGUUUUGGAAAGCUUGAAAGCCAAUGCAUAUGUGCAUUUGAUCAUUGAGCUAAUAGAGAUUGUGCAAAUAGUGUUUGCACCUGUUCUUACCAUUGGAACAGUUUCUAGAUUGAAGUCAGUAAUUGAAAAUCAUUUGAAAAAAUGGAAGGAACUUUUUCCAGCAAACAGUAUCACACCUAAGCAGCAUUAUAUGGUACAUUUGCCAUCACAGAUUAAGUCAAUGGGUCCAAUGAUUAGACAUGUGCAUGCGGUUUGAGUCUAAACAUUGUUUCUUUAAACAAUGGGCUUUGAAGAUCAAUUUUAAAAAUAUUUGCAAGUCUUUGAUUAAUCAGAAUCAAAUGUACGAAAGCUGCCAAAAUGCCGACCCUUCAAUGCACCCAAUCUUUUCAAAUGAAAGAGAGAUGGGACCUGUAUCUGAGGUUAAAGAUCUACAAUAUUUACAUGGAAAAUUAAGAGACUUCCUAGGUUAUGAUGAAGUAAACAAUGCUGUAUCAGUCAAAUGGCUUGUGAUAAAUGGCAAUAAAUACAUAACUCAAAAGUCAAUGAUCCUUGCCAAAGUAGUAAAUGAUAAUAUGCCAGAAUUUGGACUGGUCAAAAACAUAUUUAUUGUUGAUUCUAGGCUUUAUUGUUUAGAAUAUCAACCAUUUCAAACUAUACACUUUGAUAGAAAUAUGAUGGCAUAUCAAGUUGAGGUCCCGCAUCUUGCACAGGCUACUGAGUUAGUGGAUGCUGAAAAGCUAGUUGACUUUACCUCUUAUUACACAAUGAGCAGCAAGAGCCAAACCUUUGUACAGGUCAAAUACCAUCUUGGGGAUGUAAUAGAAUUGUACAACACUGACAAAUGAGUCAUUCUGUGUUCCCAAAAUAUGAUAUGACUUUUGCUUUUAAAGAAGCUUUGUAAUUUGACCAUGGAAUAUCAAAUUAAGGACGGUCAGAUGAAAUCCUGUUGCAGUGUACAAAAUGAUCUGAAUGUUUGUAUAAAGAUAAGCUAUUUCUGUUUGAUGUUUUACAUUUUAAAAAGUUAAAUGUUUAAAUGUUACAUAUUAGAUGUUUAAUCAUUAGAUCAGAUGUGCCAAGUGCCAAUU